ACCAUGCAGCUGUUUGUCCUUGCACAGGCUCUGCACACCCUCAAGGUAACCAGGCGGGAGACAGUAGCCCAGAUCAAGGCCCAUGUGGUGUGUCUGGAGGGCAUCACCCCCAAGGAUCAGGUCCUGUUUCUAGGGGGCUCCCUGCUGGAGGAUGAAGCUGUCUUGGAGCAGUGUGGAGUGGAGCCCCUGUUCACCCUGGAAGUGGCUGGUCAGAUGUUAGGAGGUAAAGUCCAUGGCUCUCUGGCCCGAACUGGAAAAGUAAGGGGUCAGACUCCCAAGGUGGCUGAGCAGGAGAAGAAAAAGAAGACUGGGUGUGCUAAGAGGAGGAUGCAGUACAACCAAUGCUUUGUCAAUGUAGGGCCCACCUUUGGCAAGAAGAAGAGCCUCAAUGCUAACUCCUAA